UAGUGGAUUACAUUUUCUUAUGAUCUGAGAAAAAGAAAACAAAAAUAGAGAAAUAAAAGUGUGUGGGGAGAGAUAAACUGAAAGGAGUACUUGGGGAUGGUGCAGACAUUUGGACGUAAACUAAGUUGGCCAAGAUCUUUCAGUUUUAGAAAGAUGUUAGAUGGUCUGAACUCUGGAAAUUCAUCCUUCUCUUCUCGUGGGGACGGCAGGCAAACACCUGACCACGAACUUGCCGUACAUGCUACACCCUCGGCCCAGGGGACUCGUAGAGGCAACCAAAAUAGGAUAUCAGAUAUGGAAGUGAUGAAGGAAAGAUUCGCAAGACUGCUGCUUGGAGAGGACAUGUCAGGCGGUAAUGAAGGCGUGUCCUCUGCAUUAGCUUUGUCAAAUGCCAUCACCAACCUCGCUGAUUCCAUGUUUGGUGAGCAGAUGAAAUUGCAGCCUAUGUAUCCGGAGACAAAAGAGAUUUGGAGGAAAGAACUGGACUGGCUAUUAUCUGUGGUUGAUCACAUUGUUCAGUUUGUUCCUUCAAAACAAAUGGCCAAAAAUGGGGCAUUCACUGAGAUCAUGGUGACAAAACAAAGAGAUGAUCUGCUGAUGAACAUUCCAGCCUUACGCAAGCUUGACUCGGUUCUUCUCGAGACUUUGGACAACUUCAAGGACCAGAAAGACUUUUGGUAUGUCCCAAGAGAUGUUGAGGAUACAGAGAACAAUGGAGACUGGAGAAGGGAUGAGAACUGGUGGUUACCAGUUGUUAAGGUUCCAUCGGAUGGUUUGUCUGAGGAAUCACGCAAACUGUUGUAUAGUCAGAAAGAUUCUGUGUCACAGGUCCUUAAAGCUGCAACAGCCAUCAAUGCUGUAGUAUUGUCAGAAAUGCAUAUUCCUGACAACUACAUUGACUCUCUUCCAAAGAAUGGGAAGACGAGCCUGGGAGAUUUCCUUUACAAGAACAUAACGGAUGAGGACUUUGAUCCUGACUACUUCCUUUCUUUCUUGGAUUUGUCAACCGAACACAAAGUUCUUGAUCUAAAGAACAGGAUUGAGGCUUCCAUGGUGAUCUGGAAGAGGAAGAUGAACCAGAAAGAGAAAGACGGAAAAUCGCAGUGGGGAUCCUCUGUUAGCUUAGAGAAGAGGGAGCUUUUUGAGGUCCGAGCUGAGACCAUUCUGGUUAUGCUUAAGCAGCAGUUCCCUAGGAUCCCACAAUCCUCACUUGAGAUCUCCAAGAUCAGAAACAACAAGGACGUGGGACAGGCUAUUUUGGAGAGCUAUUCAAGAGUAUUAGAAAAUCUGGCUUCAAAGAUAUUAUCAAGAAUAGAUGAUGUUCUUGAAGCUGAUUUGUUAGUUCAAAGACAAAUGAUGGCAGAGGCAGAGAGAAGGUCAGAAAGCGAGGGGGGAUAUGAAUACCAAGAAAGCGAAAAGUGGCUAUCAGCAGAAACGCCAAACUCGAGAAAACUAUCAGACUUCAUAGGGUGGAGAUUGUCAUCAGAUACAAAGAAGCAUAGUUCGAUGAGUGAUAUAGAGUUCUUCCAUAGAACUGAGCAGGAGAAGCCGAUGAUGAAAUCUCCAAGAGCUCUACCCAAGAAACUUUCAUAUCUAUCAAAGUUAGAGAACAUGAGAAGCACGAGUGAGAGACACUGAUAGUGAAAACAGGUACGUGUAGACGAGAGCAAUAUGUAUAUAGAAGAAGAAAAAA